GGCUGUUGCUCUCGCUCGCUCUCAUCUGCCCAGCCAAUCCCGCGCCGGGCACGGGCGCAGCUUCUCUCGUGACUCGCAUUAGCGCCAUCUGCGCGCUGCACCCCCGGGCCCCGCCAGGAGUGGACACGGCAUGUCCGGCUGCGACAACCUCGGCGUCCCGCCUGCCAUGGACUUUCCCGAAGUGCUGAAGUCCCUGCUGGAGUACUCCUUGCCCUGGGCCGACACCCGCUCAGAUAAAGAAAAGGAGAAGGAAAAACUCGAGGAGGAUGAAGCAGCAGCUGCCAGCACCAUGGCAGUCUCUGCCUCCCUCAUGCCUCCCAUCUGGGACAAAACCAUCCCUUAUGAUGGGGAAUCUUUCCACCUGGAGUACAUGGAUCUGGAUGAGUUCCUCCUGGAGAACGGGAUCCCUUCCAGCCCUGCUCACCUAGGCUUGAACCAGAACCCGCUCCUGCCUGUGGCUGAGCUGGAAGGAAAAGAGCUUGCCAGUGCAUCUGCUGCCUCUCCUCCCUCCUCAUCUUCCACUGUAGUUUUCCAACCAUCUGAAGCUGCCUCCGGCACAGAAUCCUCCCCAGAGAGUGAGAGAGAGACUCCGAGCCCCGUUGAUCCAGACUGCAUUGAGAUUGAUGUGAACUUUAAUCCUGACCCUGCUGAUUUAGUGCUCUCUAGCGUGCCCGGUGGUGAGCUCUUCAAUCCUCGGAAGCACAAGUUUGCUGAAGAGGACCUGAAACCACAGCCCAUGAUUAAAAAGGCCAAGAAGGUUUUUGUCCCAGAUGAGCAAAAGGAUGAAAAAUAUUGGACAAGGCGAAAGAAGAACAAUGUGGCAGCAAAGCGUUCCCGCGACGCUCGGCGACUGAAAGAGAAUCAGAUCACAAUCCGAGCAGCCUUCUUGGAGAAGGAGAACACUGCCCUCAGGACAGAGGUGGCAGAGCUGCGCAAGGAAGUGGGGAAAUGCAAGAACAUUGUCUCUAAAUAUGAGACCAGAUACGGACCCUUUGACUUAUCUGAUUCCGAGUGAUGCAACUUUAAAGACUUCUAAAAACAAAGAAACUAAAAAGCACACAUGAAACCAUCUGUCUUCAGAGUGAGCUGUGUGAGAGGUAUCCAACACAAACAACUGAUGGGGACAUUGCCUGCAAGUACCCCAUCUGAACUGCACAGGGGCUGGCAUGAUGAAAAGUGCAAGGUCUUAAUGCUGUGUAUGGCUUUCUUAUCUUUUUUUUUUUUUUUUUUUUUUUUUUUUUUUUUUUUUUUUUUUGUACUAAUGUUUGUCUUCUCUCUGUAAUCAAACUACAGUAAUGUUACUUACUGACACUUUUCAGUGACACUCACAGCUCAUGUCUUUCAGUCCAGUCUGUUGAUGACUUGUGUGAAUAGUGACUCUGUUUUGAUACUUGAAUGAAAUGGGAGAAAGGGGGAUUCUAACUUAAAAUGGCUUAAGCUAUAUUGUCACCGACUUUUGGAGUUAGGGGGCAGUGGAAUAGGUUUUAGCUACUGCUGCAGCUGGAUUCUGACAAGUAUAGCAUCUUGUGAGGUACUGCUGGGGAUGCAGGACCAGAGGCAUCCAGGGAAAAGAGUCUAGGUGUGCAAGAAAAUGUAACAGAUUUGUUGAAGUAAACUAAAAAGCACCGUCAAGUGUGCUGUAGAAAGGGUAACAAAUAAAUCCUGUUAUAUACCCCAGGUGGCAAAUGCAGCUCCUUAACUGCUUCCUCCCCUGAUAUGUACACUGUGGGGAGCCCACCCCGUUCACCUUUUACUUUUAAGGGGCUCUUUGUAUCCCAGUAAAACAAAUUACAUCUAUUUUCCUGUCUGCCGCACCAAAACAGGGGAGAGGUCUGUACUUCUGAGCUGCUGAGCCCUGUAUGUUGCUGCUGGCCAGGCCAGUCGAUCUGUAUUGAAGCCCCAGGGGAACAGUGGCUAGCAGCUACUAUGCUCUGCAUCUUUCUCUUUUUUUCCUACUGCACUCUAAUUCCCCAAGCACCUUGGAGAAUACAUUGUACAUCAUCUGUUUCGUGGGCUCAAAAUAUCCAGCAAUGCCAUUGUGUCAUAAUGGAACAGCUUUAAAAACAAAGACCCUGGGCAUAUAUGGAGGUAGAUGAGGCACUUAGAGAGCAUUGCAGGGAUGUUGGGCCUGUAGAAAAGGGAGGAUGUCCAUGGAAGGAAAGGUGUCAUCAAUACAGCAAAAGAAUCCUAACCAGACAUCAUAACCAAAUCUAUAGGUGAAAGAAGAAAUGGAAUGGCUUAUUUCCAGUAAAAUAUUGUAGGGCUGCACUUGUAUCCAAGGUUCCGUCAAUAACAUAGACAUGAAGAGAGGAGGUUUUCUAUAUGACAAACUCUCUGCCAAGAGGCUGAUUAAUGGUAGACACCUGGUUGAUAAAGUGCUUUUGAAAGCCUGCAAAAGGAAAAGGGCAUAGAUGGGAGGCUCAGAAUCCAUUACAACUGAAACUUAGGCAGUAUGGCUUAAUACCGUACAAAUACUGUGUCUUCAUCUUCCCCAGAGGGCUCCUGCCCCCAGAACUUCUUAGUAGGAAGGAGAAGAGGAAAGGAAGCAAUGGGGAGAAGCAGACUGUUACAAACUUUCUUUAAACAAAGUUGUAACCAAUUAAUUUUUCAGUGUAACCUGGCAACGAUGAAUGGGCUUUAUCCAUCAAGUGCAUUGCUUGAUCUAGUCUUGCAAGUGGACCAUGUGUUCAAUGUUAAAAAACAUACUGAUUAGGAAAAAAAGUUAAAGCAAGAAAUAUUAUCUACAUACUACAUAUUGAUAACAAGAUUCCGGGAUUGUCCCUCUGAAGCCUGUUAUCUGUAGAGUCAGUGUGAAGCGAUGCCAACAGUUACGCAAGUAGUUGAGAGCUCUUUUUGUUCUGAAUAUUACCAGGUGCAGUCAUCGCUGCAAUUGGUGAUCUGUAACUGUCAUAAGUUCACAGCCAUUUUUAGCUUUUUUGCAUACAUGACUUUACAAAUUACAUCCAUGGAACAACACAAGUAGUACUUCUAUAAGUUGGAACUCUUAACAUUUGCUAGGACAGUAAGUGAAAGUUUCCAAAUAUCUGCAGAUGGGUUACUAUUCCAGCAU